CUCACGGCAAUUAACAACAAUACAUCUAUUCUGAUAAGUGUACUAAGUUCAGAGGUCCAUACAGCGCUCGCGACAGGUCUUUUCCUGAUUGUAUCGGUGAUGAGCGACUCUCACGAGGGGAGUGUACCCCUUUACAUACUGUCGCCCUACAGUCAUGAAUGAACCAUUUCGAUGACCAUCAUAUGAUUAGACGUGAGCAAGCGGAGCGGAGCGGGCGACCCACGUGUCGCGACGUCAAACAUAGACAUGUCGGCCACUUCCGGCGCCAUGUGCAGGAAGUUCACGGUAUAACUCUGCGGUCAUCAGAGCAAGUCCACCAGAGGCGACACCGCAAGGCGAAGCGGCGGCGCAUGGUUAAAGGCAACUGUCAAUUCUAGCAUAGAACCCAAUCUCAAGCGAUGUAUAUUUACUUUAAAUAGACUGUACCUUGUGGAAGAAGUAGGGCGUUGCAUAUUCCAUGAAGUGCCGAAAUGGUUCGUAUUUAGAC